CCAAUACUAAAAUUCCAUAAUUCCUUCAAAAAGAAAAAGAAGAUAAAUUUGGUUGUUCUGAAGCUUAAAAUCAUAUACAAGUCAUUUUAUGCCCUUUUGUUUUCUAGGCUCCAAAUCAGACAAAUCCUCUUUGCAAAACGCUCUCUCACCCCCAUCACUAUUUCUCUCUCUUGAAUCUUGGUGGUUCAACUUCUACUAAUUCUGCAGAAGGAGAAGGAGCGGAGUGUUUCAGCGUUUCUCUUCUGACAGCGGAUUCGUAGACAAAGAUUAUUAGGAACGUACGUUUGUCUAGGAUCGCGUGACAAGGUGCUACAUCAUCUUUCCUGUCUUGAGCUUCAACAGAUGUAUAAAUUUUAAAUUUGAAGUGAGAAGCUUAAGCCAAAAUGACAAGGAAGCAUCGCAUCAGAAGUUCAAUAAAGUCUUUUAUUGAAAAGCAUACCGAUCCUGAACAACAUGAGAAGUUCAAAGAAACGCGAAAAGAUAUGGAGGAGAAGAAGAAAAAAUUGCUAAACCUUGUGGAAAGCAAUGAAGAAAAUGAGGAAUCGAAAAAAGGGCCUAUUGCUGAACUCAUAGAGGAUUUCCACAAACAGUAUGAAUCACUCUUUUCUCAUUAUGAUCAUCUCACUGGUAAACUGAAGGAGAAAGCUGACAAACCACAACAGGAGAAAGAGAAAUUUUCUUCUUCCUCUUCAGAAUCGGACUCAGACUCUGAUCAUUCAUCCAAGGGAAAAGAAAGCAAAAACGGUAAACUAGAAGAUGAAAAUAAAGCCAGUGAUGGAUUACAACAAGAGCUUGAAGCGACAAAACUCGCAGUUGCAGAUCUCAAGAAUGAGCUGGCGGCCAUACAUAAUGAGAAAGUGGCUCUUGAAUCAGAGUACAAGGCAGUAUUAUCAAAGCAAGAAGAUUCAGACAGAACAGUUGAAGAAUUGAAAGCAGAGGUUCAAAAACUGGAUUCUGAGAAAUCGGAUAUCCUGGCAGAUAGAGAAGCUUUGAAGUCAAAAUUAGAGCACUCUGUCAAGGCAGAAUCUGAACUGAGUCAAAAAAUUGAAGAACUCAUGAAAGAGCGAGAUAAUAUAGCCACUGAAAAAGAAGAUGCAUUUAAAAGACUUGAAGAAGAGAACCACAAUGUAGAAAAGUUAAAAGGCGAGGUUGAUCAGUUGCGGAGUGAGAAGAAAAACCUUGAGCUAGAAUUGGAGGCGACUUUAAAGGAAGUGUCUGAGAUAAAAGUGGAGCUAGAUUCAUCAAAACAGGAAAUUGAGAGCUUGAAGGAGUCCAUUAGAGUUGCUGAAGAGGCAAAAGAUUCUCUUUCUCAAAACAUAUUGCAAGUGACCGAUGAACUCAAGCAGGCACUGAAUACUGUGGAAGAGCUGAAAGCAGAGUCUGCCAACUCUAAUGAAAAGUUGGCUGAGCGGGAAAAAGAAUUCACUUCCCUAAGGGAGAUGCAUGAUGCUCAUACAGCUGGUUCGACUGAACAAAUACAAGCAUUGGAGAAACAGAUCAACAACUUGAAACUCGAACUAGACUCAUCAAAGCAAGAGACAGAAAACUUGAAGGGGUCCGUGAAUGCUGCUGAAGAGGAAAGCAGAUCUCUUUCUCUGAAAAUUUCUCAAUUAAACGAGGAUCUCAAGAUGGCACAAGAAACCGUGGAAGAACUGAAAUCAGAGGCGAAUAACUCAAAAGAAAAGUUGGCUGAGCGGGAAAUCGAAUUAUCAUCCCUGAGGGCGAUGCAUGAUACACAUAUAACUGAAUCUUCAGAACAGAUAAAGGGAUUGGAGGAACAGAUCGACAGCUUGAAAUUCAAACUAGACUCGUCAAAACAAGAGGCAGAAAACUUGCAAGUGUUAUUGAAAUCUGCGGAGGAGGAAAAGAAGUCCCUUUCUCUGAAAAUUUCUCAAUUGAACGACAAUCUAAAGGUGGCACAGGAUACUAUUAAAGAGUUGACAGUAGAAGCGAAUAACUCGAAAGAAAAAUUAGCUGAGCGGGAAGUUGAAUUCUCAUCCUUCAGGGAGAUGCAUGAUGCUCAUAAAACUGGAUCUUCUGAGCAAAUAAAGGCAUUGGAGGAACAGAUCAACAGUUCGAAACUCGAACUAAACUCAUCAAAACAGGAGACAGAAAACAUGAAGGAUGCCAUGAAAUCUGCAGAAGAGGAAAACACCUCUCUUUCUCAGAAAAUCUCUCAAUUGAACGAUGAUCUCAAGGUAGCACGGGAUAGAGUGGAAGAUCUUGAAGCAGAGGCGAAUAACUCGAAAGAAAAAUUAGCUCAGCGGGAAGUUGAGUUCUCAUCCUUCAGGGAGAUGCAUGAUGCUCAUAAAACUGGAUCUUCUGAGCAAAUAAAGGCAUUGGAGGAACAGAUCAACAGUUUGAAACUCAAACAAAACUCAUCAAAACAGGAGACAGAAAAAAUGAAGAAUGCCAUGAAAUCUGCAGAAGAGGAAAACAGCACUCUUUCUCAGAAAAUCUCUCAAUUGAACGACGAUCUAAAGGUAGUACAUGAUAGAGUGGAAGAGCUAGAAGCAGAGGCGAAUAACUCAAAAAAAAAAUUAGCUGACCGGGAAGAUGAAUUCUCAUCCUUUAGGGAGAUGCAUGAUGCUCAUAAAACUGGAUCUUCAGAACAAAUAAAGACCUUGGAGGAACAUAUUAGCAGCUUGAAACUCGAACUAGAUUCGUCAAAACAAAAGACAGAAAUCUUGAAGGAGUCCAUGAAAUCUGCAGAAGAGGAAAACAGCUCUCUUUCUCAGAAAAUCUCUCAAUUGAACGACGAUCUAAAGGUAGCACAUGAUAGAGUAGAAGAGCUUGAAGCAGAGGCGAAUAACUCGAAAGAAAAAUUAGCUGAGCGGGAAAUUGAAUUCUUAUCCUUCAGGGACAUGCAUGAUGCUCAUAAAACUGGAUCUUCAGAACAAAUAAAGUCCUUGGAGGAACAUAUUAGCCGCUUGAAACUAGAACUAGAUUCGUCAAAACAAGAGACGGAAAUCUUGAAGGAGUCCAUGAAAUCUGCAGAAGAGGAAAACAACUCUGUUUCUCAGAAAAUCUUUCAAUUGAACGACGAUCUAAAGGCAGCACAUGAUAGAGUGGAAAAGCUUGAAGCAGAGGCGAAUAACUCUAAAGAAAAAUUAGCUGAGCGGGAAGUUGAAUUCUCAUCCUUCAAGGAGAUGCAUGAUGCUCAUAAAACUGGAUCUUCAGAACAAAUAAAGUCCUUGGAGGAACAUAUAACCAGCUUGAAACUCGAACUAGAUUCGUCAAAACAAGAGACAGAAAUCUUCAAGGAGUCUAUGAAAUCUGCAGAAGAGGAAAACAACUCUCUUUCUCAGAAAAUCUCUCAAUUGAACGAUGAUCUAAAGGUAGCACAUGAUAGAGUGGAAGAGCUUGAAGCAGAGGCAAAUAAUUCGAAAGAAAAAUUAGCUGAACGGGAAGUUGAAUUCUCAUCCUUCAGGGACAUGCAUGAUGCUCAUAAAACUGGAUCUUCAGAACAAAUAAAGACCUUGGAGGAACAUAUCAGCAACUUGAAACUAGAACUAGAUUCGUCAAAACAAGAGAUAGAAAUCUUGAAGGAGUCUAUGAAAUCUGCAGAAGAGGAAAACAGCUCUCUUUCUCAGAAAAUCUCUCUAUUGAACGACAAUCUAAAGGUAGCACAUGAUAGAGUGGUAGAGCUUGAAGCAGAGGCGAGUAACUCGAAAGAAAAAUUAGCUGAGCAAGAAGUUGAAUUCUCAUCCUUCAGGGAUAUGCAUGAUGCUUAUAAAACGGGAUCUUCAGAACAAAUAAAGACCUUAGAGGAACAUAUCAGCAGCUUGAAACUCGAACUAGAUUCGUCAAAACAAGAGAUAGAAAUCUUGAAGGAGUCCAUGAAAUCUGCAGAAGAGGAAAACAACUCUCUUUCUCAAAAAAUCUCUCAAUUGAACGAUGAUCUAAAGACUGCACAUGAUAGAGUGGAAGAGCAUGAAGCAGAGGCGAAUAACUCAAAAGAAAAAUUAGCUGAGCGGGAAGUUGAAUUCUUAUCCUUCAGGGAGAUGCAUGAUGCUCAUAAAACUGGAUCUUCAGAACAAAUAAACUCCUUGGAGGAACAUAUCAGCAGCUUGAAACUCGAACUAGAUUCGUCAAAACAAGAGACAGAAAUCUUGAAGGAGUCCAUGAAAUCUGCAGAAGAGGAAAACAGCUCUCUUUCUCAGAAAAUCUCUCAAUUGAACGACGAUCUAAAGGUAGCACAUAAUAGAGUGGUAGAGCUUGAAGCAGAGGCAAGUAACUCAAAAGAAAAAUUAGCUGAGCGAGAAGUUGAAUUCUCAUCCUUCAGGGACAUGCAUGAUGCUCAUAAAACUGGAUCUUCAAAACAAAUAAAGACCUUGGAGGAACAUAUCAGCAGCUUGAAACUCGAACUAGAUUCGUCAAAACAAGAGACAGAAAUCUUGAAGGAGUCCAUGAAAUCUGCAGAAGAGGAAAACAACUAUCUUUCUCAGAAAAUCUCUCAAUUGAACGACAAUCUAAAAGUAGCACAUGAUAGAGUGGAAGAGCUUGAAGCAGAGGAAAAUAAGUCGAAAGAAAAAUUAGCUGAGCGGGAAGUUGAAUUCUCAUCCUUCAGGGACAUGUAUGAUGCUCAUAUAACUGGAUCUUCAGAACAAAUAAAGACCUUGGAGGAACAGAUCAACAGUUUGAAACUUGAACUAGAUUCGUCAAAACAAGAGAUAGAAAUCUUGAAGGAGUCCAUGAAAUCUGCAGAAGAGGAAAACAGCUCUCUUUCUCAGAAAAUCUCUCAAUUGAACGACGAUCUAAAGGCGGCACAUGAUAGAGUGGAAGAGCUUGAAGCAGAGGCGAAUAACUCGAAAGAAAAAUUAGCUGAGCGGGAAGUUGAAUUCUCAUCCUUCAGGGAGAUGCAUGAUGCUCAUAAAACUGGAUCUUCAGAACAAAUAAAGUCCUUAGAGGAACAUAUCAGCAGCUUGAAACUCGAACUAGAUUCGUCAAAACAAGAGACAGAAAUCUUGAAGGAGUCCAUGAAAUCUGCAGAAGAGGAAAACAGCUCUCUUUCUCAGAAAAUCUCACAAUUGAACGACGAUCUAAAGGCAGCACAUGAUAAAGUGGAAGAGCUUGAAGCAGAGGCGAGUAACUCGAAAGAAAAAUUAGCUGAGCGGGAAGUUGAAUUCUCAUCCUUCAGGGAGAUGCAUGAUGCUCAUAAAACUAGAUCUUCAGAACAAAUAAAGUCCUUGGAGGAACAUAUCAGCAGCUUGAAACUCGAACUAGAUUCGUCAAAACAAGAGAUAGAAAUCUUGAAGGAGUCCAUGAAAUCUGUAGAAGAGGAAAACAACUCUCUUUCUCAGAAAAUCUCUCAAUUGAACGACGAUCUAAAGGCAGCACAUGAUAGAGCGGAAGAGCUUGAAGCAGAGGCGAAUAACUCGAAAGAAAAAUUAGCUGAGCGGGAAGUUGAAUUCUCAUCCUUUAGGGACAUGCAUGAUGCUCAUAAAACUGGAUCUUCAGAACAAUUUAAGUCCCUGGAGGAACAUAUCAGCAACUUGAAACUCGAACUAGAUUCGUCAAAACAAGAGACAGAAAUCUUGAAGGAGUCCAUGAAAUCUGCAGAAGAGGAAAAGAACUCUCUUUCUCAGAAAAUCUCUCAAUUGAGCGACGAUCUAAAGGCAGCACAUGAUAGAGUGGAAGAGCUUGAAGCAGAGGCGAAUAACUCGAAAGAAAAAUUAGCUGAGCGGGAAGUUGAAUUCUCAUCCCUAAGGGCAAUGCAUGAUGAACAUGCAACUGGAUCUUCAAAACAAAUAAAGGCAUUCGAGGAACAAACGAAUAGUUUGAAACUCGAUUUGGAGACAUUGAUGGGGGUAAAGAGAAAAUUGGAAGAACAGUUUGGGGGUAAAGAUGCAGAAGCCAGAGAGCUGGGUGAAGAAAUAACAGUUUUGAAGGGACAGAUUUCACAAAUGGAGAUGAUGUCAAAGGAGAGAGAAGAGUAUAUUUCUUCUCUCCAGGAGAAACUAGAAUUUUCCGAGAACGAGUCAAAUGUCAGAACUGAAGCCCUUAAUUCCCAAGUAAAUGAAAUCACACAGCAAAUAGAAAAGUUGUGCACUGAGAAAAGUCAACUGGAGGAACUGAUAGUUACAAAAGGCGACGAAGCAUCAGCUCUGAUCGAAGAAUUGCAAGACCAGAUCAGCUCAUUGGAACAUGAAAUGAAGACUUUACAGAUUCAAGAAAAAGAGAUGAAAUUGGAUCUCGAGAGAAAAGAUGAGGAUAUUGCAGCAUAUCGGAUGCAGGUAGAAGGUUUGCAUGAGAAAUUCACUAGCAGUGAUGUUCUUCUGAAGCUAUUUUUUGAAGAAAAGGAAGCCCUGACAGCCCAGUUGAAGGACCGAGAUCUGGAAGUUGAAAAGCUUCACAGCCAUAAAACUGGACUAGAAGAGCAAUUGAGGACAACCAGAAAUGAGGUGACUCAACUAAGAGAGGAGAUAGAAAAGUUGCAAACCAGGAUUCAAGAGCUGGAGAAGUCAUUGCAAGAGAAAGAAGAAUUGUCAACUGCUAUGCAGAAAAGGCUCGAGGAUGGGGAGAAUGAAGCAUCUUUGAAGAUCACAGCCUUAGGGGCAGAGAUUGACUAUUUGAAGCAGGAGUCUGAAGAAAUUCGGGCCAUAAAAAGCCAGUUGGAGGCUCAGAUUGAGAAGGAGAAACAAGAAUAUUUAGAGGGUCUGAAUCUGCUGCAAACCGAGAAUGCUGAACUGAAAGCACAAAUAGGAAAUCAUCUCAAGACAGUGAAGGAAUUAGAAGAUGAAAUGAACAACAGAAAAGAGCAGUGGGAACAGCUUGAAAGUCGUGUUCAAGCAAGGGAGUCGGAGAUCCAAGAAGCAGAAAGGAGAAUCAAGGAAUUAAAGGAAGAAUUGAGCAUGAGUUCUGAAUCAAAAGAUGAGAAGAUUAUAGAACUUGAGUUACUAGUUGAAAACCUGAAAAAAGAUCUAGAGGUCGCUACAGAUGAAGAAAAGACUGCGUGGGAGAAAACCCGCACUAUUGAAGUACAGCUUCGCCUAACAAACCAAAAGUUGAGGAUCACAGAACAACUACUGAUCGAGAAAGAAGAGGGGUUUAGAAUUGCAAAGGUGAAAUAUCAAGAAGAAUGCAAAGAGCUAGAAGAUCAAGUCACAAGGCUCUCUCAAGUACUUGCUGCUAAUAAUGAAGCUUAUCGCGGAAUGAUAAUGGACAUUUCAGAGCAUAUGAACAGAUUGCUAGCUGAAAUGAAGUCCACCACCAAGAAGUUCGAGGAUGAUCAAGAUAAGUUUUCAAAUAUCAUCUUCAAUAUGUCAGAACAGGUUCAAAUUCUGAAGCAUUGUGCAGUGGGGAGGAAUGUUGAAAUAUGCGAGUUAAAGGAUCAGCUAAUCAGCGUCACUGAACAUUUGAGAAACGAGAAGGAACAGAGACUAAUGAUGAGUGAUAAGAUUGGAAAACUCGAAGUCGAGUUUGACAGUGAAAAGGGUGAAAAAGAAAAAUUGUUUGUAGCAGUGAGCGAGCUAAAGAAGGCAACUGGUGAGAUGGAUGUUGCACUAAAAGAGCAAGAAGAGCGGCUAACUACCCUAGGGGAAGAGAAACGGCAAGCCAUUAGGCAGUUGUGUUUGUGGUGUGAUAAUGUGCGGAUCCAAUAUGAGGAGCUGAAGAUGAUGGUCUCCAAAGUGAAUGCACAGAGAAGCCAGGGUAGAUAGAAUACCGUCUGGUAAAUUUUGUUUUCCCUUUUCUCGGGUUAUAUUUGGUUUUGAAUUUUGCAUCAAGUAUUGUUCUUAAUUCUUAUAAUUUUCAGCUGUCAUCAAUAGAUGUAUAUCCUCUAAUGUCUUUAUCUUGUCUUUUGAAUUUCUAAUAAACAGAUAAUUUUUUUGGUGUUUUCUCCUAAAUCCAGAAAUCUGAGAACUGGAUUUAUUCUUUUACCUGAUACUAUCAAAAUAAAUGUCUUCAGUUUCUUA